GCUGUAGAAGGCAUGGAGGCGAUACUGAACUGCACAAAAGAAGAUUUGGAAGAUUAUUACGGGCUUCUCGGCUGCGAUGAACUCUCAACGACUGAACAGAUUUUGAGUGAGUUUAAAGUGAGAGCUCUGGCCUGCCAUCCUGACAAACACCCCGAGAACCCCACAGCAGUGGAGGAGUUCCAGAAGUUACAGGAGGCUAAAGAGGUUCUCACGGAUGAGAAGAAAAGAAAGAAUUAUGAUCUCUGGCUCAGAAGUCGAAUUGCAAUCCCGUUCAGCGAGUGGCAAGCGCUCAGUGACUCUGUUAAAACAUCAAUGCAUUGGGCCGUGAGGAGCAAGAAAGAGGCGAUGCUUGAGGCUGCAAAAGAUCCAGAUCCAGUGAGCGUGCACAAAGUGAAUCUGUCGGAGGAGAAACCCUCUGAAUCCUAUGAUUAUUGGCAUCACAGGUUCCGCUGGGCUGGAGAAGCUCCCUCAGGCCUUUUACAGAAGUUCAGGAACUAUGAAAUAUAAAUGCAUAUUUUAUCUCAUUCGAUGCUUAGCUUUUGUGUGCAAGUGCAUGCACUCCAUAUAUAGAGGAAAGAAUCAAAAUGUCAUUAUUAUGCAUAACGUUGUUUUGUAGAAAGGUGAGAUAUACUGACAUAGCAGUGAUGCUUUCUUUGCCUUAAAUGUCCAUAUCUUCUUGAAGUAUGAGUAAAACAUGUUUUCAAGCCUGUAUAUUUGCGCAAUAAAUGAUUAUGGAGUUUAUUUUAAUGAAUAUAAUACGUGAUAAUGUAUUUAUUUUCAUGCAUAUGGCACAACUUAAAUAAUAACAUUAAUUAAAUUAAUAAAAAAUAGCAUUUAGUUAAUAUACAUAAAAGUCAGGAGUGUUUUAAAAAUAGCACUUUUGUAGUCAUACAAUUGUAUUUAUGUUCAAAAAAAGAAAUAGAGAAGUGUUUACCAUAUGUGUGUGUGUGUGUGUGUGUGUGGAUUUACAGUACAUAACAAGUGUUACAGCUGUGUCUGUGUGUUGUGCUUAAUUGUAAGCCCCUGUUGCAUAAAUAAAACAACUUUACUGUGGAAUAGAAGCCUACGUUUAUUUACAGCAUGAAAAAAUAUUAUUAAAAUUUAUUAUUAUUAUUUUUUUAAACUUAUUACAGAACUAAAUGCAUUCGGAAC